AUGAACCACGUCCGACGUCCGACGACCAUGGAAUGCCAUACAUACAACAUUGCUUUUGCUUUUUUACCGCACUCUGACCCUCUGACGGUCUAUCUCGACCAAGGGGGCCCCCUGGCCCCUCUGGCCGAUCAGAUCCCCGGCCGCAGUCCAAUGGAGCGCACGACUUGUCUCGUCUUCAAUCACAGUCGUCGCCAAGGCGUCCUCGAGUGCGCUGCUGCUCCACGUGCCGACCCCACUUUCUCAUGGGAUUUUCGCAACAACGACGCUUUCUGGUCUGCUUCUCUCCUCUAG